AUGGGUCUCAUCAAAGCAGCCAUAAUAGUCGGCGGCGGCGCCUACGCCAUCAAAAAGAUCUCGGCACACCGCGAGCAGAAGAAACAGGGCCGCAUGGCAUUCGACCAGAACAUGGCUUCGGGCCCACACCAGCCACAGUACCGAGACUAUCCCGAACAACCGCAACAACAUCAGUACUACGAUGAGAAGCACCAGAGCCGCAAUGAGAAAUCCCGUGGCCUAGAUGCCGGCGCCGAGCAGUACACCGACUACCCAGCAAGACAACGACAGCAGCAAUACUCGCCACCCCCUCAAGCCGCCGUACACCCCUACGCCCUAGAAUUCGUCGACCGCCGCGGCUCCUCGUCACCACAACAACAGCAACAGCAAUGGCGCCUAAGUAACAGCCACAACGCCCCACUACCACAGGGUCAUGAAAACGGAUAUUAUCCGCCGCCCUCGUAUCAUCAGAAUGCGUCCAUGGCCGGACAGCGCAAUGUCACGUCUGGGUUCGUCGAGCCCGAUGAGCUGUCGUUGUCGGAUGCCCACAGUCAGGGUCCGAGCGCGUGGGAUCGGAAGGGCAGGAGGGAGAGUGGAAGUGGCACUCCCGCCGGCGCCGCUGGCCUGUCGCCCAAGGAGUAUUUGGAGAGACAUCUUUCGAAAUGA